AUGUCAGUUUCUCUGGGUCAAAUAGAGCUUGAGGGUCGCCGAGUACCCAUGAUGAUGAGUGGUCGAACUUUACCUUCAUUCCCACCUUACGAUAUUCGACCCCGGGCAGGUGGAAUGUGCACACAUCGGUUUCUCACAGCCUUGCCACCACAGGAACUUUUCUUCCAUUCUAUGGCAGGUCGUGAUGGUCUCGUGGAUACAGCUGUUAAGACAAGUAGAUCUGGCUACCUUCAACGAUCUGUAAUCAAGCAUCUUGAGGUAUGUCUUUGA